AGGGGUAGACUGCUCUUAAAAAUGUACAUUUGCAUGGGCGUGCGAAAAUACAAAUUCGCGAAUGUAUGAAAGGUGCUUCGGAAGGAAUUUUUUUCCAAGCUGAAAGAUAAAGUUAGUUAAAGUUGGUAUAAAAUCGAGAGGAUACCAGAGAAUUGAUCUAUGACUCUUUAAAGGUUGCAUAAGGUAAUUGCAAAUUGUGACGAAACCCCCGUUUUAAGUUACGCUCGACGCCACUGACUCUGAAGUUUAAAGUUUUUUUCUGCUCAGCACUCGAUUGUCUUAUUAUUGUUUUGCUAUUGUUGUAUUCAAGCGAAUAGCUGGAUUUGAGAGGACUGCGAAUUGGAAGGAGCGCCGCAGCUUCAACGGGUGGCGACGACGGUGGUGGUGGUGGUGAUGGUGAUUGAAACUCGCCCUCGACGCUUGGCGACAGACAGCGCAGCUAAGCUGACGGGUUGCCUAAAUGGCUUGACUCGCCUCCGCCAGUGGUUGCUCGCUUCGAUUUCAUAACAAUUCGAUUUAAAUGCGAAUCGUCCGCUCGCCGAGUGUAACGCGCUUGUGCAUCCACCGUCACCGUUAGUUUUGGCAAAUUUCUGCACUGUUGCACAAAGGCCACAGAUCAACGCUGCCAAACACACACAGAUUGGAGUUCACAGCGACACGAACAUUUAAUGACCAUUUAAGGGACAUUAAUUUGCUCCCAACGCGGCCAGUCGGGUCAACGAAGUGACACAGCUCAGACAGCAAGCUCAUCUUCCAUUCAAUUCUUCAAGUUGUUGUGUUGCAAGUGCAAUGAGUCAGUGCCGUGUGUUGCAAAGUGAACGGUGCAAUGUUUGCGUUGUUGCUCCUGCCGUCGCGGCAGUUUCGAGUAUUUGUUGGAUUUAAUUAAAAAUGUGCCAAUUAAAUUAUAACCGUGAAUUGAAGUGCUUGAUUUAACCGCAGACGAAAUAAAGAGUGCGUGAGCGAAGUGAGGAGGCAGACGUAAGAGGAGUGUUGCUACACUUUUGAAAGUGUGUUAAUGACUUGGAACACGAAAAGUAUUUUAAAAAACACAAAGUUAAUUUAAGAACCAUAAAAAUAAUGACGACUGAAGUGAAAACCUAAAAUAAAAUUAAAUCAUAAAGAAUACCAAAAUUAGUGCAGACAUAUAAAAAAUAAUAAUAAAUGAUAAAAGAAAUCGGUUUCAUCCGUUCGUGUAGUUAAUUGUGUGUGGAAAAUUAAUUUUUUCUCUGCUUAAAAAUCAAUACAACUUUUGAAGAAUUGAAGCUCACAAACAAUCAAAUUCGUAUGUGAACUCAUAAAAGGGAAAAGAAAUAAAAAUACCUGCACAAUGCGAGUGGCAGUUUUUAACAACUCCGGAUUGAUGACAAUGACUCUUUUUAUGUCACUUUGCAAUUACCGGAAGUUCAUGAACGUUUGAUUGAAUUAAUUUGUAUUAUGAAAACCAGCUUGAUUGUUCGCCAAAGUCGAGAACAAACCGAUUGAAAUGUAGUGCUGUCGCGCCAAGCACUUCGGCCUACGAACUGUGAUAAAACAUGUAUACGACAGAAGCAUUUCUGUGAAAGUUCAACGAAGCAUCUACGAACAUACUAACCAACACACACAUAAAACGAUAUUCCAUCAAAUUGAAUACGCUAGAAGCAAACCACUGCGAACUCAAGUUCGAAAUUUCAAACUGAAAAUCAGCACGUUACUUGGAAAACCGGCAAACUGUCUGCGCUGUCGAUACGCAACUUUUCAGCAAAUAUGCUGAACAAUCUGGGCGCCAAUGUUUUGGGUCCCAAAGAUUGUGAUCUACCCAAAGCCGCAAUCACGGCACUGCACGCCGGCGUCAAUAGUUUCGGCCAAUUGCCGCCGAACGCACAAAAUCCGGCCGACGCGGUGCUGAACGGUGGCGGCGGCAUUGGCGGCGGGGCACGGUUGCAUGUCUCUGGCGGCCUAUGCGACACGCCCAAUCCGCAUCAUAAUAACAACAACAACAACAAUACCAAUAACAACAACAUGCAACAACAGGACCAGCGUUUCUAUCUCUUGCAGAAUGCGGACAAAAACAACAAGCAGAAGCGACAUCGCACACGCUUCACGCCCGCCCAACUGAAUGAGCUGGAGCGCUGCUUCUCGAAAACGCACUAUCCGGACAUUUUCAUGCGCGAAGAGAUUGCGAUGCGCAUCGGACUGACCGAGUCGAGAGUGCAGGUUUGGUUUCAAAACCGUCGUGCCAAGUGGAAGAAGCGCAAGAAGACCACAAAUGUCUUCCGCACACCGGGCGCGUUGCUGCCAUCACAUGGACUGCCGCCAUUCGGCGCCAACAUAACCAACAUUGCCAUGGGCGAGGGCCUCUGCGGCACCGGCAUGUUCGGCGGCGAUCGCUGGGGCGUGGGCGUGAAUCCAAUGACUGCAGGUUUUGGUCAACUAAAUCAAUCUUCGCCGCUUUCGUCUACAAUAAAUAGUGGUCUUAAUUCGGGUAUUAACAUUGGUUCCGCAAUGGGUGCUGGCGGCUAUCAGCAUUAUGGACUAAACGCUUUAGGUGAUUCGAUGAUGUAUCAGCACACGGUUGGUGGCGUAAGCUGCGGCGCCAGCGGCUCGCCUACCACGACCACGCCUCCGAAUAUCAAUUCGUGCUCAUCGGUAACACCGCCACUGUCGAACCAGCCGAACGCGGGGCCAAACGACAUGAACGGCGACCAAAUGGGUGGUCCACCACAUCAUCAGCAGCAGCCACCAACGCCGCAACAGCAACAACAACAGCAGCAGCAACAAGCCCACCAACAGAGUCAUCACCAUCAACAACCACCACCACAGCAACAACAACAACAGCAGCAACAGCAACAACAACAACAGUCGCAGACACAACAUCAAGAGCAUACGGCAAAUAAUGGUGGCUCCCAUAUGGUGGCACAUUGUCACCAAUCGAUGCAAUCGCCAACAGAUGGCGGCAACGUUGGCGAAGAGGAUGUUUGGCGAGGACACAGUAUAGCCGCGCUGCGACGACGCGCCUCCGAAUUGAAUGCAACAUCGGCGAUUCCAUCGUAUUUGCAUCACGCGGCCGCCGCACACAACAAUUACGAACACCAUAACUCGGUCUACUGAAAUUUGUUGAAAAGCUUUGAAAGCUUUUCGGAUUACGGUUUUCCCAGUUGUGGGAAUCAUGAGUUCUAGCAGGUGACCAAAGCGGAUGCUGAUGGUGGAAUGGCGCAAGGAUGGUGAUAUUAAGCAAUCACUAAGGAGCAUGACGGACAAAGCAUAAAGAAACGGUAUUGCAAACACCAGUUUGACAGCCACUGGACGCAGCAGAGGAACAGUGGCGGCGAGUGCUUUGCUGAAAUUAUUAUUUUUUGUUUUGUUGAAUAGUUUUCACAGAGACUAGCAAAGAAUCGAACGAAGUAUACGUAAAAAGUGAACUGCAGCAUAAUAAUGCAAACUUUAGAAUUAAGGCUUACAAAUAAAAAAAAAAAACUUGUGUGCACUGCAUACUGAUUUCAAUUGUUUGUAUGUAAGUAUCAUGAGAGAAUAUACAUACAUACAUGCAUCUAAGUUGAAGUUGUAAAAAGGUGGAUAUAUGUAGUAAUAUGUAGGAAUAAUGAGUACUGUACAACAUUCCAAGUGUUUUUAUUUAUCGAUGACAACCAUAUUGAUUCAGCCUGAUGAAUGCAGAAAAAUUAAACAAAUAAUUUCCUACAAAUGCCGUUAAGUAAAUAUAAAUAUAUAUGUAACUCAUAUACAGUGACCGAAAAAUUAGAUUCGAUUUUUAUUCAAACAUUUACAAUUAUAUGAAAGCUUUUCAAAGCCAAUUAGUUAGUUAGGAAUAUAUGGAAAUUUAUUUUAUCAUUCCACGUUGCAGUCAACAUUACGCCAGUGUAAAUUUUUGAGUCACUGUAUUUGAGCUGCAAAUUCUUCCGAUUUUUAGCUUAUAAAUCUGUUACAAACGCAAUUAUUAAAUGUAGUGUAUAUAAAAAAUUUCCGUUUUGUUUAAAAGUGUCAUACUGUACUUAAGCAAAUAUACAUACAUACAUGCAUACAUACAUAUAUGUAUGUACUUAACGAAUUAAUAACGCAAUUAAAGACUAUAAUAUGUAAAAGAACAAAUGUAUACGAAAUGCAAUGAAA